AUGCCAAUUUCUCAGCGCUCUACGCGAUUCGCAUUUAAUUUGAUUCAUCCGCGUGCGGCACCGAUAUUGAUUCCCGAGCCGGGUGGACUUGCCGCGUGCCGCACAAAUCAGGAGGCCAUCCACUGUUGUACACCCGACGACGGGUAUUGUAGUCCCGUUUACAAGACCUCCGAAGAGUUCGGUCAUUUACUCUUGGCAAUGACGGGGAAUACCAUGGAAACUCUGCCCAAGUCAGAGCCACAAUCACCAGCUGCGAAACGAGUCUACAAAUUGGUGCUAACUGGAGGUCCGUGCGGAGGGAAAACUACAGGACAGGAACGCCUCGCGACAUUUUUCGAGAAUCUUGGCUGGAAGGUGUUCACCGUUCCCGAGACAGCCACCGUUCUUCUGGGAGGAGGCGUGAAAUUUCAGGAGUUGACUCCUCAACAGACGUAUGAAUUCCAGAAAGACUUAUUGAAGACUCUGAUUCGAAUUGAAGAUGUGUUUUUCAACCAAGCAGCUUUGAUAAAUGACAGAAAUGUGCUCGUGAUUUGCGAUCGAGGAGCAAUGGAUCCAUCAGCUUACAUUGAUGAUAAAGGAUGGAAUCAAAUGCUUUCCGAAUGCAAUGUCGAUCAAUUCUCAUUGAGAGAGGAUCGAUACAAUCAGAUUUGUCACCUUGUGACUGCUGCGGAUGGAGCUGAAAACUUCUACACUUUAUCAAACAAUAACACAAGAAAAGAGGGAAUUGAUGCAGCAAAGAAACAGGAUGAUCUCACAAGACAAGUUUGGAUUGGUCAUCCAUACGUCGACAUUAUUGACAACUCAAAUUGCAAGAACUUUGAUGAUAAAAUCUUAAAGUUAAUAGAGGUGGUGUGCUCGAGAAUCGGGAUUCCGACCGGAGAUCGGCUACACAAAAACAGCAAAAAACGCAAGUGGCUCGUGCGAUCACUCGAUUUGCUCGACUUUCCGAAAACUGAAGAGUUUAAAGUCACACAUGAUUAUUUGCUGAGUGACGAUCCUGCCAUUCAGAUUCGAAUCCAAACGGUGGAGACGAGGAUGAAGAUCAGUGAGAGAGAGUAUCAGAGAUAUCUCACAAUGAAAGACCGAAGUCGUGCCACGAUCCACAAGCAACGUCGGUGUUUCACUUAUGGAAAUCGGUAUUUCAAUCUUGAUGUCUACGUGGAGCCUCUUCCUCCAGCCGCUCACGGUCCGGUGAUCAUCUUGGAGACUUACACGACGAAUGAAGGUGAUUCAACUCUGCCACCGUUUCUCGAGAUUUCCAAGGAGAUUACUGGUAACCCACAAUACAGCAUGUAUGAACUGUCAAAGCGUCCCAGUGUGCCUUCAGCCUCAUUUCAGGGAGACUCCGAAUCACGUAUCUUUAGCGAUGAU